GUUGAAGUGAUCAAGUUGGAUAAGUUUGUGGAAGCCACAAUAGAUUCUGUUGAUACGGAAGUUCAGAUUUUAGUUGAUAGUGAAGUGGAGAACCGUGAAGAAAUGGUCCCAUUAUCUGAGCUAUCAACACUGAUUGGACAAUUGGUGGAUUCGGAAGUUCUUAUUAAAACCUUACGUAAAGAAAUCAGUAGUCUUACAAAUCAUCAAAUUGAAUUACAACAUGAUUAUGAUACUGUUCACGAGAUGUUAAUGGAACGUGAAAAUGAUCUUACCGGAGUUAACGAACAACUACUAAAAGCAGAGAAUAAAUGUAAAAGUCUCAGUAAUCAAUUGUUACGACGUAAAGAAGCUAUUGUAGAACAAGAUGAAGACUUAUUCCUUCUAAAUGAAGAUAAA